AUGGAGCACGAAUACACCCCCGCCCCGCCUCAUCCCGACGAUACCCUCGGCGGUCUUGACGGCUCUCCUCAGGUCGUCCAGUCCAACGGAUACGAGUACACAGAGAAGCAGCGCCAUCAAUCAGCCCAAUCCAUCGACCAUGGCCUCCCACCACAAUCACCACGGGCCGAUGAGCACGCCGACCGGUACAACACCCCGCCGCUGCCCAUGAACGCUCCUCCCAUCUCAAGACCGGCAUCUGGCCUCUCGGGCAACGGCGCACAACAGGGCUACGCCGACCAUGCGUCACGAAGCAGCGCCGGCGCCGAGGCUGCGGCGAGCAACGGUCGCAAUCACGUCGUUAUCAAGGUCGGCAUGGUGGGAGAUGCGCAAAUCGGCAAGACGAGUUUGAUGGUCAAGUACGUGGAGGGAAGCUGGGACGAGGACUAUAUCCAAACACUGGGCGUCAACUUUAUGGAGAAGACAAUCUCCAUUCGGAAUACCGAAAUCACCUUCUCCAUCUGGGAUUUGGGCGGUCAGCGCGAGUUCGUCAACAUGCUGCCCCUCGUAUGCAAUGACGCGGUCGCCAUCCUCUUCAUGUUCGACCUCACACGGAAGAGCACCCUCAACAGCAUCAAGGAGUGGUAUCGCCAAGGCCGAGGCUUCAACAAGACGGCCAUCCCAAUCCUAGUGGGCACCAAGUACGACCAUUUUGUGAACUUCCCGAGGGAAGACCAAGAAGAGAUCUCCAACCAGGCUCGUCGGUUCGCAAAGGCGAUGCGCGCGGCGUUGAUCUUUUCCAGCACGAGCCAUAGUAUCAAUGUGCAGAAGAUCUUCAAGAUUGUCCUUUCCAAGGCCUUCGACCUCAAGUGCACCAUCCCCGAAAUCGAGAACGUAGGAGAGCCGUUGCUCCUGUAUCAGUCCUGCUGA